GAAAAACAAUAAGUGGGAAUUCAUAAGCAUUCCCACUUGAUCAUAGUUUAACUAUUUAAUGUACAAGCUGUAGAUUGGGAGCUGUGUUUGUUUAAAUGUAAACAACAUAAAGAAUGUUGUUUACAUUUAAGCUGUAGAUUAGGAGCUGUGUUUGUUUAAAUGUAAACAACAUAAAGAAUGGAAUCUUUGAACAGACUCCACCCCAAAUGAUGUCAUCACCUCAUCAUGCAUGCAUAGAAUUCUGUGUUCCUCAUUGCUUGCUUUACUGCUGACCAGAUCAGACGUUGCUAAGCCUUUUUCCAAGAUAACCGUUUAGAUAAGUGGUAGAUUCACAUUUUAACAACUAUAAUUGUGAAGAAAUGGCUUAUCAAUUCCCAAGACAACACAAUGGGAGGACAGGACCCCAGGCAAGAUGGGGAAAUCAACAAAACCACAAUGGGAGGACAGGACCCCAGGCAAGAUGGGGACAUCAACAAAACCAGCAAGCCUGGUCUCAACCUCCACCCGUGGAUUUUUUACAUGGGGAAAUCCAAAGAUUGAACCAUCUUUUGGAAAUGGAGAAAGGGAGAUGGUUUGAAGAGAACCAAAAGGUAGUCGAACUGGAAGGACAGUUGGAGGAGACAAAAUUAGAAGUGAAAAGGCAGAAAAAUCUCAAAGAAAUGUUUAUCAACAAGGGCAAAGAGACAAAGAAGGAACUCGAGAGAUUACAAAAGGUUAGUGAUCCAGAGAUCCUAAACUCUGCAGCCAUUGCCGAAAUAGUUCACAACGACAUGAAAUACAAGAAGAAAAAGAUGCUGCAAAAAGACUUUGAUGAACUGAAGGUGGCCCACAUCCUUGUCCAACAAUCUCUUACCUCACAAAUCCAGGCAGAAAAAGACAAGAAUAUUGCCCUCCAGGAAGAACUGUACAAACUCAAGACUUCCUACCAGGAGCUUCCCUCCAAAAGUAAAGAUGCUGCUGCAGAAAUGCAGCAUGUUGGGAUUCAGACAGAGGAUGAACAAAGAACCAGUGAGAAUGAACAACUCCUUGAAAAUUUCAUAGCUGAGAAGGAAGACCUCUUCCAAAAAAUGUCUCAAGAGAUAGCAUCUCUGCGAGAGAGGGACACCAGUUUGCUGAGACAACUAGACCAGCUUCAAGUUUCAUACCAAGAACUGAACUGUAGGUAUGAAAAAGAUGUUUCUGCAUUAAAACAGCAAGCAGAGGCAUAUCAGCAGGAGCUAAACUGCCACAAAAAUGCUAGUUCAGAGAGAGCAAGGCAGGACCUGCAGCUUAUCAAUGACCUGGGAGCUGAAAAAUAUGAUCUCUAUCAGAAAAUGUCACAAGAGGUCACAUUGCUUCAAGAGAAGGAGAAAAAUUCACAGAGUGAAUUACAGCAGCUUAGAGAGUCAUACCAUGAAAUGACCUGCAUGUAUGAAAAAGAUGUUUCUCUACUUAAACAGCAAGUAGAAAAAUAUCAGAAGGAGGUUGAUCAUGAGAAAAAAGCUAAUUCAGAGCGAGCAAAGAAUGACCUCCAGCAAAUCAACCAACUGAGAGCUGAGAGGCUUCAUCUCUACCAAGAAAUGUCUCAAGAGAUCCAGAUUCUGAAACAGAAAGAGCUGGUGAACCAUUUGUCAGGUGAGACAGAACAGAGUGAAAAAGAGAACUCUGCACUGAAACAACAGGUAGAAAAACUUCAACUCCAGAUAAUUCAGGAGAAGAAAAGUCAUUUGGAGGCAUCAAAGAAGGACCUGACACUUCUUAACAAAUUGAGAGCUGAGCAAGACCAUCUCAAAGAAAACGCCUCAAAAGAAAUCACCUUCCUUCAAGAAAAGGAGAAACGUUUGCAGGGAGAGAUGGACAAGAUUCAAGUUUUACACCAGGAACUGAAUUCAAGGUAUGAAACUGAUGUUUCUGCACUAAAACAGCAAGUGGAAACCUUAAAGCAGGAGAAAAAUAUCCAGAAAGAGCCUCAACAGGAAGUCACUGUCCCUGCAUGCACUGAUCUUGACAACUGCUCAGAGGAAAACCUGUCAGAGACCGGAGACCUCACUGAAGAAUCAACAAAGGUCAUCAACAAGGAUGUAAAGGAAAUUACUGAUGAGCCUGUAAUGCAGUCAGAGACAAACAACCCAGAUACCAAACCCAUGGCGGGAGCAGGCAAAGAGACUAAAUCAAAGCGUUCAGCUUGGAAAAGAUUACGCCACUCUCUGGGUUUGAGGAAAUCAAAAAAGUAGAAGAAAAGCAACAAUAUCACCUGGUCCCAGCUCCAUAUAAUCGAUCCAGAGAUGUUAGAACAUCUUGUUACCAACUGGAAAAAAAAAGUUCCCUUUGAACCCAAUAAGAAAUGUACAGUCACAUUCAAACUCAGUACAAAUUUUUGAAAAAAGUGGGCAGUACGGUGAUGUGGCGCUUAGCGCUACAACUUCACAGAGAGGACGUCAAAGAUCUAAACACACCGUACUUGCGUGGGUUUUCUCCAGGUGCUCUGGUUCCCCCCACACUGCUAAAAACAUGUCGAUAAUUGGCCAAUGUGACUUGUCAUCAACUGUGAACUGAUUCCAAGAAGAAAAGAUAUUAGACUGUCAUCAAGGUAGCGAGUGGAAUUUAAAAAAGGCAUUUAUAUACGUUACACCUCUUGCCUGGAAUUUCUUGGAAAGGGACCUGAACAUUAACAGUAUCUUCAUAGACUGUGUUUGUUUUUGUAUGUAUAAAGAAACGGCAAAAUCAAAGUUUCUUUAUGAUUAAUAAGCAUCACAAAACAAAUUCCUCAAAAAAGACAAAAAAAACAAACAAAAAAA